UUAUUUCAAUUGCCAACAGCGACACCUAGCACUCGGUAGCUUUGGCGUAACUGAAAGAUUUCAACCGUAGACGAUUUUGAUGGUUUAUAGAUAAUCUAUUUGCAAUGAUUGACCUAUUCAAGAUCAAAGAAGACUUCUCCUUUAUGGUUAAAGAGGCAGAGCCAUGGACAUUAACACAGUUUGUCAUGUGGCUAGAUUUGAAACUAUCUGAGUUUAAAACCAAGGGAUACAUGGUGUUAGACCACAAUGUGAAAACAAAGCCCAAAUGGUUAGAAGAAGACACUAUAACAUCUGAUAUUGCACCACCUCCAGCACCUUGUAGGAAUUGUCAUUCUUCAUCAUCCACUGGUCGUGAUGUUGGGCAAUAUUACUCAGAUAUUCAUGCAUCACAACCUGUCCAUCAGCUGAAUGCAGCCUCAAGAAUUAAGGACAAGGCUCAGCAGAAGUCAACAGAUGAGUCGGAGAAUAUUCGUGGUGAAGUGGGAAUUAUAGAUCUGUCUCACGGAGAAAUGCAGAAUAGGGUGAACAAUAACAAUUUUAGACAGAAUUCCAAUCAGAACAGUGCAAUAUCCCAAAGUGCCAAUUUGAGACAGAUACCUUCACAAGGGUACUUAAAACAAAGAAGCUUGUCCAACUCUUCUGUUUCUAUUCCAAGACAAGAAAAACGUGCUAGAACUGAAGUUAUUGAGAUUGAUGGAUCCUCACCAACAGAGAAAAUGUUUUCUUCAAAUAGACAAGAAAUUGGUAAAACAAGCACUCCAAUUGUUAGGCGAGCAGGUCAGCUAUUGCAAAAGGCCAAAAACAGACAAGCUUUGUCAACAGGUACUGCAAUAUAUACUUCAACAACAACAACACUGACACCUACUUUUUCUUCAAGCUUUAGUUCUGAGUCUACAAGGACAGCUAGUUCAAAUAGAAAUUUUGCUCUUGGAGCACCACCAGUCAGUUCAUAUCUAGCACCACCCAUGAGUUCAUCAGCAUUUUCAGUAUCACCAGUUACUGGUUCACAAUCAUUGGAUGAUAUAAUUGCAGAGACAGUUCAGGCAGUGUCUGGACAAUGCAUAUUAUCAACGGAAGUCCCUCCUUCUAGUCAGUCAUUUAGCAUAGAGCAGAAACUACCAGAUUCCAGUUCUGUGAAACGUCAGACAAGUUUCCAGGACACAAACUCAUCUAAUCAGCUUUCAUCACAAACUGUGUUCCCUGGAAUGUCAAUUUCACCAAACUCAUUUUCACAGAUGGUUGAUGGACAAGCUGUUCCUGUGGCUCUGCAUGCCAACAUUGACAAUAUCAGUAGAGAUUUGUCACAGGUGUCAGCACCAUCAGGUUCUAAUGCCACGGAAGUAAAAAUGGAAACAGACCUGAAUGCCAGUACUAGUGACUCCUUUAGUACAGAUGCAGCAACAUUACAAUCCUCAUUAUUAGAUACAAGUACAGACUCAUCACUCUCAUUUCAAGACACAUCUCAUACAUCACAAGGUCCAGUAGAGCCUGGUGGAGUCCCCAGACCAGGUCUGAUUGACACAGAGACAGCAAAGGCUUAUCAGAUGGUAGAACUUGUAACAGGCAGUGGUGUUUAUGUUUAUGAUAAAACAAUAUCACAAGCUUUUAAGGUGGGAACUGAGAGAGAUACGGGUACAUACAGUGGUGAAAAAAUGGCAAGAUAUUUAUUAAAUGUGUUCUGGUCACGGAAGGAUCUAGUUGGUGCUACUUUAUCAAAGGCUGGUCGAGGGAAAAAGAUACUCAAUCAACAGAUUAUAGAAGCAAUAUUAGAUUUUUGUGAUGCCAAUAGCCACCAUGCCAAAUCAAAAGCCAGGGCAGCAAUGACAAGCAGUAUUACCUCUAUUACAUGGCAUGCUAGACAGAAAAUUAAACAAGCCUCAAAAUUCAAAUGGAAAUAACUUAAAUUUUGGCAAUUUCUGUUUGCUUUCACAUUUUUUAUUCAAGCAUCAUUGCAGUGAAAAACUUGUAAGGCAGUUAAAAUUAAACAUGUUUUUUGAAUCUUAUAUAAAGCUUUAAUGUCAGCAGUAAGAUGUUUUUUUAAGGAAUCGUUUUAUUUUGCACAAGUGCAACCCCCUCCUUUUUAUGUCUCAAGAGUUGUCUUCUUUAGUUUUUUUAAGAGUUGUCUUUCUUUGACUGAUCUUCUCGCUGGUACCUAACGGCUUAAUAGUUGCAAAGUGAAAUUUAAUAACGGAUACUUUUUACAAGCAGAAAAUUAAAAAAUGUAUUCAAAUAAAUAUGUGUUUUUUUUUAGGAUUCUUAAACUACAGAUAAGCAAACAAAUGCUGUACAAUUAUAUAAAACACCUAUCUGAAAAGGUUCAUAAAUCUUAUUAAAGUUGAUGGAUGAAGAGAUGUUUUUGUUACCUGUUUAAUAUACAUUUUGGUUUUGUAAAUAAAAGAUGAAUAUAUUUGUAAGGAGAGCUGUAUUGAUGAUUGUUUAUAUGUUUUUAGUAAAGUCACGGGAUUUUGCCUGUAUUAUUUUCUUGUUGUUUAGAACAUGCUAUAUACCAAAAUGUUUAUACCAUUGUUAAUACCAUAAGCAAGUAAUGCUUUGCGCUUUUCUUUGUUGGUGUUUUAUGGUGAAGUGUCCUACAACCAGAUGAUUUUUCAUGAAGAAAUAAUAAAAUCAAAAUGUUUCCUACUUCACAGUUUUUAUACGACCGCAAAAAAAUUUUGUGGUCGUAUAUUGGUAUGACGUUGGCGUCGUCGUCGUCGUCGUCGUCGUCGUCGUCGUCGUCCGGCGUCGUCGUCGUCCGGCGUCGUCGUCCGAAUACAUAUUGGUUUUCGCACUCUAACUUUAGUUUAAGUGAACGGAUCUUUUUGAAAUUUGACCAUAAGGUUAAAUACCACAAAAGGAAGGUUGGGAUUGAUUUUGGGGGUUAUGGUACCAACAGUUAAGGAAUUAGGGGCCAAAAAGGGGCCAAAAAUGAGCAUUUUCUAGUUUCCAGACAAUAACUGUGGAACGGUGUAUGGAUCUCUCUGAAAUUAUACUACAAGUUUCCAUACCACAAAGGGAUGGUUAGGAUUUGCUUUGGGGGGUUAUGGCUCAAACCGUUUAGGAAUUAGGGGCAAAAAAGGGGGGAAAACAAGGUUGUCCUGGUUAAUGGACAAAUACUUUAGUACAAAACAUAAUUUAAAGCAGUGUAAGGGAGAUAAAUCAAAUACAUCAUUGAAAUUAUCUCCCUUACACUGCUUUUAAAUUAUGUAUAAAGUAAUGGUUAAUGAACAAUAAAGAUAAUCUAAAACAGUGUAAGGGAGGUAAUCCAAAUACAACGUUUUGGUUACUUCCCUUACACUGCUUUUAAAUUAUGUUUAAAGAAAUGCAUAUUUAUAAAGGAAGACCAGUAAAAAUAUCUGCAAAUGUUUUCAUCUUUUUUUUUUUACAAAAAAAUCCAUAUGAAAGAUUUGACACUAUAUUUUUAUUAAUUCUAUUAUAAAAUAGAUUAAGUUAGCACUAUGGUAAAUUUAAAUGGGUAAUUAUGGUUGCCAACUCCAUUGGAAAUUUGAAUUGAGAUUAUGACCAUAUCUUGAGGGAAAGAAUUUUUUUGGGAGAAAAAGGGGGGGGGGAUAAAAAGAAAUUGUGGGGGGCCAAUUUUUUCUCAUUUCAGAUUUCAGAAAUUAAAAAGAAUUAUUCUUCAAAUAUUAUUUUUUUUUCAAAUUUCAAAUAUUGAAAAAUUUCAAGAAGUAAUCUUUAAUUGCACAGUAUGGCGCAUUAGAUUUGUAAAAUCUUUGAUCACAUUUAUUUAUUUGUUAUGCCGAAUCUAACAGUGUAUUUAGAUUUUUAAUUUUGGGUCCAGUUUUCAAAUUGGUCUACAUUAAUGUCCAAAGGGUCCAAAAUUAAACUUUGUUUGAUUUUAGCAAAAAUUGAAUAUAUGAGGUUCUUUGAUAUGCUGAAUCUAAACAUGUAUUUAGAUUUUUGAUUUUUGGCCCAGUUUUCAAGUUGGUCCAAAUUGGGGUCCAAAAUUAAACUUUGUUUGAUUUCAACAAAAAUUGAAUAUAUGGGGUUCUUUGAUAUGCUGAAUCUAACCAUGUAUUUAGAUUUUUUAUUUGUGGACCCUGUUAUCUAAUUGGUUCAUAUUGAGGUCAAAAGGGUCCAAAAUUAAACUUUGUUUGAUUUCAUCUAAAAUUGAAUUAUUGGGGUUCUUUGAUAUUCCAAAUCUAACCGUGUAUUUAGGUUUUUAAUUUUGGGUCCUGUUUUUUAAAUUGGUCUACAUUGAGGUCCAAAGGGUCCAAAUUAAACUUAGUUUGAUUUUAACAAAAAUUGAAUUCUUGCCGUUCUUUGAUUUGCUGAAUCUAAACAUGUGAUUAGAUUUUUGAUUAUGGGCCCAGUUUUCAAGUUGGUCCAAGAUAGGGUCCAGUAUUUAAACUUUGUUUGAUUUCAACAAAAAAAAAUUGAAUAUAUGGGGUUCUUUGAUAUGCUGAAUCUAAACAUGUAUUUAGAUUUUUGAUUAUGGGCCCAGUUUUCAAGUUGGUCCAAAUUGGGGUUCAAAAUUAAACUUUGUUUGAUUUCAACAAAAAUUGAAUAUAUGAGGUUCUUUGAUAUUCUGAAUCUAACCAUGUAUUUAGAUUUUUUAUUUGUAGGCCCCGCUAUCAAAUUGGUUCAUAUUGAGGUCAAAAGGGUCCAAAAUUAAACUUUGUUUGAUUUCAUCGAAAAUUGAAUUAUUGGGGUUCUUUGAUAUGCCAAAUCUAACCGUGUUUUUAGAUUUUUAAUUUGGGUCCCGUUUUUUAAAUUGGUCUUCAUUGAGGUCCAAAGGGUCCAAAAUUAAACUUAGUUUGAUUUUAACAAAAAUUGAAUUCUUGGGGUUCUUUGAUAUGCUGAAUCUAAACAUGUGUUUAGAUUUUUGAUUAUGGGCCCAGUUUUCAAGUUGGUCCAAGUCGGGGUCCAAAAUUAUACUUUUUUUGAUUUCAACAAAAAUUGAAUAUAUGGGGUUCUUUAAUAUGCUGAAUCUAACCAUGAAUUUAGAUUUUUUAUUUGUGGGCCCCGCUAUCAAAUUGGUUCAUAUUGAGGUCAAAAGGGUCCAAAAUUAAACUUUGUUUGAUUUCAUCAAAAAUUGAAUUAUUGGGGUUCUUUGAUAUUCCAAAUCUAACCGUGUAUUUAGGUUUUUAAUUUUGGGUCCUGUUUUUUAAAUUGGUCUACAUUAAGGUCCAAAGGGUCCAAAAUUAAACUUAGUUUGAUUUUAGCAAAAAUUGAAUUCUUGGGGUUCUUUGAUAUGCUGAAUCUAAACAUGUGUUUAGAUUUUUGAUUAUGGGCCCAGUUUUCAAGUUUGUCCAAGUUGGGGUCCAAAAUUAAACUUUGUUUGAUUUUAACAAAAAUUGAAUAUAUGGGGUUCUUUGAUAUGCUGAAUCUAACCAUGUAUUUUGAUUUUGGACAUUGGACCAUAAUAGGUAAAUUAAAAAAAUUCAAGUUCUUAGACCACAUUCUUUCUGUGUCAGAAACCUAUGCUGUGUCAAAUAUUUAAUAACAAUCCAAAUUCAGAGCUGUAUCAAGCUUGAAUGUUGUGUCCAUACUUGCCCCAACUGUUCAGGGUUCGACCUCUGCGGUCGUAUCAAGCUGCGCCCCAGCGAAGCAUUUUAUUAAACAUUUUAUAUCAAUCAUUGUGGUUGACAAAAUGGGUAUCCUUUCUAUUCCUUGUACUUGUUACAAUGUUACAAAUAAACUGUUUGUACAGGUGACAUAUAUCUCUAUGUCAAUAUAUUAUGAUGUAUGUACAGUUAUAACUUUGAGAUAUUUACAUGAGUAACAGAUAGGUGUCACUAGUGAGUCAGGAACUGUUUACCCUACUUCACAUUUGAGUUUACCCAAAGUUUUAGGAAGAUAUUGUCCAGUUUUAGUUUUCUAUGUAAUUUUGUGUUAACUCUAUAUUGUUUAUCCUUUUGUCUUUUUAUCUUUUGGUCAUGGAUAUGUCUUUCAUUCUUGACAUAUAACUUUUAAUGAAGAUUAAACUAGAAAAGCAGGUCCUGCGCAUUGAAUUAUGAUCAUGUUUAUAUUAUGGUGUCUAUGUUUGCUUUCAUGUAUGGAAAAUUUUUUGAACCAUAUUAUUAUUUAUCAAAUUCAUGCAAGGAUGAACUGGGGUACUAUUUGUUAAGUUGUCAAGUUGAACAAAUAAGUUCUCCCAAAUGAUGGAAAUCUUCGUUAUUAGUCCCCUACCAACGAAGUCCAAGGGGACUUUAGGUUUGCACUCCGUCCGUCCGUCUGUCUGUCUGUCUAUCUGUCUAUCUGUCUGUCCAUCCGUCAGUCCAGCAAAUCUGUUUUCCACACUUUUUUUCUUCAUGCUUGAAGAUAUUGAUUUGAUAUUUGGUGUAUUGUUUUUAUCAUAACAAGUAACAGAUCAAGUUUGAAUAUUGUUCCGGUCUGAUGAUGCACUUUUUUCGUCAUGCUUGAAGAUAUUGAUUUAAAAAUUGGUAUAUAGUUUUAUCAUGACAAGUUACAGAUCAAGCUCGAAUUUUGUUCCAGUCUGAUGAUUUUGUGCAGAGUUAUGGUCCUUGGACUUAGAAAAUUCACUUAAAUAAUCAGUUUUCAACACUUUUUUUUUCGUCAUGCUUGAAGAUAUUGACUUGAUAUUUGUUAUAUAGUUUACACCAUUACGAGUUAUAGAUCAAGUUAGAAUUUUGUUCCAAUGCAAUGAUUUUUUAACUGGUAGGGUACUAUGUAUUGCCAUGCAAUACUCACAGAAUGCUUGUUUUAUUUGUUCUGUUUUUAUAGUCUCUAAAGGUAAAACAAAGUAUUUUUGAAUUAUUAUAAAAUUUCCUUAUAAAACUGCUCUAUCUUAUGAAGCAGACUUGUUUCUUUAAGGACAAACUAAGGUCACUAUAAAACACAAAAUUUGUAAGGUAUAUUGCAUAGGCAAGUAACACCAGGAUAACAUAAACUCUCAAGCUGGUUUUGGACAUUAUUUAUUUGAUUUUACGAUACUGUUGUGCUACCUAGAUAAAUAAAACAUUUGUGACUUAUUAUAUCCCCCUAAUACUCUGCUUAAGACUAGGGGAAUAUUAGACUUGGAGAGGGCUUGAAUUAUUUAAGUUAGAAUUAUUUUCAUAAGUACAUUUGUAUUUAGUGUAAAAUACUUAGAGAUAAUAAUUCUUUUGUAAUUCCUGUCAUGCCAGUCAAUUUUUUUUCCUUAAGUAUAAUAUUUAUCUGCAGGAAGUAUAUAUGUAUAUUCUGAUAGCAAAACAGAAAUUAAACAGAAACAUUACACUGUUUGACGUAAAAAGUUACUGUCUCACAAUUUUUUAGUGCUAUUCCAGAAUAAUUAUAUUUGAAAGUACAGUAAUUUGAUAUGGAAAAAUGUCAUAACAAAGAUUUUUAACAAUGUUCAAACCUAUGAUUACGUUGGAUAAAAACCGCAAUUUUUAUAAGUGUGCAAGCAAAACAAAUUUCUUGGUAGAGGGGUAUAAAUACAGCACAAACAAAAUUAUCAAAAGACCAAAAAAAGUGAAAAAGUAUAUUUUAACAAAACGCAUUUGACUAGCAGGUCGAACAACGGAUGUUCUUAAACCCUGCAGACUGCCAUUGGCGAUUGGCAAAUAAACGGAUCACCAGAUGUAACAAAAUGGAUCUUAACUAUUAAUUUAAUACCAAACAGAAAACAAUAAACUUGCGGAAAAGAUGGUAUACCACAAACAAAAGGUGCAAAAAUUAGUACACCAAAUUCGGAUUUCGACAAUUAAUACUGGUUCUCUGUAACAAUUUAAACUCUUAUAUAGGGAGUGUGGCACGCAUGGUCAUGGAUUUUCUUCAAACUUCACACACUAACUAGUCUUGAUGAAACAAACAAAAAAUGGCAAAAUUUUGUUUGCUAAGCAUAUCGGUUGCCAUAGCAACCGAUGACCAGUUUUACCUCUUCUGAAUAUCUAUGAUUUUAAGCUGAAAAAGGCUAUUUUCAACAUAAUUGUUCAUAAUAAAUAAUUAAGAGAAUGAAUAUUGUUUUAUGAUUUUAUUAAAUAUAUGCAUUUUA